GCCAAAACCCCACUCUGGAGCAAAGUAAGGAGCAAAAGAAUAACAUCAGGCCUGAUCAAGCCUCCCCAGCCUGCUUCCUCAUGGCUUGACCUCUGUGCGUGCUGUGCUGAAGAUCUUUCCCUGGAGGGCUGUCUCCCUGACCUUAGCACAUGGAUUUCAAGACUUCAAAUGAAGAGACAAAGACUGGGAUUUAUCUGCUUCAGGAUGGUAGCGAGGAGCCUUUCAAUAUCCGUCUGCACCUGGCCAAAGAUAUUCUCACCAUUCAAGAGCAAGACGUCAUCUGUGUGUCCGGAGAGCCGUUCUACUCGAGCGAAAGAACAGUAACGAUCCGUCGGCAGACAAUCGGAGGGUUUGGUUUGAGCAUCAAGGGUGGCGCUGAACACAAGAUCCCUGUUGUGAUUUCCAAAAUAUCAAAAGAACAGAAGGCUGAACUUUCUGGACUUCUGUUUAUUGGGGAUGGAAUUCUCCAGAUAAACGGUAUUAACGUGAGGAGUUAUCGUCAUGAGGAAGUGGUGCAGGUUUUGCGUAACGCCGGUGAAGAAGUGACUCUGACCGUGUCUUUUCUGAAAAGGACUCCUGCGUUUCUAAAACUGCCGCUGUGUGAAGACUGCUCUUGUAUUCCAAGUGACCAGAGCAGUGGAACAUCUUCUCCACUGUGUGACAGCGGUUUACAUCUGAACUACCAUCCCAACAACACGGACACGUUGUCUUGCUCGUCCUGGCCGAUGUCUCCAGGCUUGCGCUGGGAGAAGCGAUGGGUGGAUCUGCGCCUCAUCCCACUCUUACACGCGCGCCUGUCCCAGUACGUCCCAGGUACUGACAUUUGCAGGCAAAACGCCUUUCAAGUCAUCGCGGUGGACGGGGUGUGCAGCGGGGUAAUUCAGUGCCCCGGUACUGACGAAUGCACUGAUUGGCUGCAAGCAUUAUCUGCUAACAUCUCCGCCCUCACCAAGCACAACGUGAAGAAGAUCAACAGAAAUUUCCCAGUAAACCAGCAGAUCAUCUAUAUGGGCUGGGUGGAUGAGAAAGAGCAGGAUUCAGUUCAGGACCGAAUGUACACACCAAAGUUUCUUGCCUUAAGGGGUUCGUCUCUCUUCAAAUUCUCCGCACCUCCAGUCACCACAUGGGACUGGACUCGAGCUGAGAAGAGCUUCAUCGUCUACGAGAUCAUGUUCAAGAUACUGAAGGACAGUGAGCUGCUGGACAAGCGUAAGCACUGCUUCAGUGUUCAGACAGACUCUGGAGAGGACAUCUUCUUUAGUGUGGAGCUGGAGUGUGAGCUGCUCCUCUGGGAGAAAGCCUUUCAGAUGGCCACCUUCUUCGAAGUGGAGCGAAUACAGUGUAAAACAUACGCUUGUAUUGUGGACAGUCAUCUCAUGGGACUCACCAUAGAUUUCAGCAUGGGCUUUGUGUGCUUCGACGCCGCGUCAAAGGCAGUGCUAUGGAGAUAUAAAUUCUCUCAACUUAAAGGAUCAUCAGAUGACGGCAAGAGUAAAAUCAAAUUCCUGUUCCAGAAUCAGGACACAAAACUCAUUGAAGCGAAGGAACUGGAGUUCUCCAAUCUCUUUGCGGUUCUCCAUUGCAUCCAUGCGUUUUUCGCCGCCAAAGUGGCUUGUUUGGAUCCCAUGUUCGUGAGCAGCCGAAACGCAGCCAUGGCUCCAGUUGUGUCCGCGACGUCCACUUUAGCAGCGCCGUCACACAUCUCCAAAAUCAAAUACACGAGCUGACAGACUCCUCUCCUUCUAGACAUUCAGAAGGUAUGAUGAGAGGAACCAACCCUGACAAACAAUUGACUUUGACAUUGUAACAUUGAAAACCUCGCUAUAUAUCCUCGGGGUGAGAAACAGACGAAAGCCAUUAAGCGAAUGAGCUGGGAUAUGACUUUUGAAGAUGCUCCUGGAAGUCUUAGAAAGUCGGACUCCUUCACUUUUGAUACUGAGAUAUAUCUGUUUGCAUUCAGAUUAUAUGAACACUUGUUUGUGCACACCUUUAGAGUAUUAUUUCCUCUGGUUGUUGACUGGAAUGAAUCUGUCCUGAAACUGCCAUGAAUCGCACCGUUUUCAAGCCUCGCAGAUGUUUUCGAAGGCAAAAUGUUUUCGAGUUCGCAGUUUAGUUAUACCAGUCAUCUAAACAUAUCAGCCCAGGCUCGUUGUAAAUACGUGUUUCAGCCUACAUAUUUGCGAAAUGUAAAAUACACAGCUUCGUUACACAGAUGACAAAUCCACUAGAGGGCGCUGUUUACAUUUUUGCAAAUUUGAAAUACGUUAUAUAGGGUAUGUUUCGGUGUAUGUUUUAGAUACACAGCCAUCUUGUACAUGUCCGUGAGUAGGUGGGGGUUGUCGUUCGGAGCACCUAGUGAACCACUGACCUAAACCCAAACAAUAGUUUUUAUAAAACCAAACAUAAGAGAAAAGUGCACUGUGACCACAUAGUUUUGAUUUUUUGUUGCAUUUAUCUAUUUUGUGGAACUGGACUCGAACUCAAGUGCUCUGAAUCACAAGUACAACACCUUACAAAGUGAACUACUGAGACAGAAAAGUUGUCCACAUGGAGAUGAAUAGGUGGCACAAAUGUAUUCAAUUACAAAUCAGAGACAACAUUAAGUUGUUUUGUGGUAUUUUUAUUUGGUGUUGUGCAAAGAACUGCACAAAAAAUCCUUUAUUCAUCAAUAAUAUGACCCUAUGAAAAUAAUACAUACUGCUCCCUAGUGUUCAUUUUACCUAGAAACUGCAGUACAUUUUUCAUUCGUUUAUUAAUUUUCCUUCAGCUUAGUCCCUUAUUUAUCAGGGGUUGCCACAACUGUCAACUAUUCCACCAUAUGUUUUAUGCAGCAGAUGCCCUUCCAGCUGCAACCCAGUGCUGGGAAACAUCCAUACACUCUCGCAUUUAUGCAUGCACUCAUACACUACAGCCAGUUUUGUUUACCCAAUUCACCUACUGUAUAGCACAUGUCUUUGGACUGUGGAGGAAACCGGAGCACCCAGAGGAAACCCACGCCAACACGGGGAGAACAUGCAAUCUCCACACAGAAAUGCCAACUGACCCAGCCGGGACUCGAACCAGCGACCUUCUUGUUGUGAGUUUGUAGUUUCAUAAAAAUGUAUGCUGAAGCACUUAUUUCCAAUGAGCCUGUGUUAAAACAUGCAUUUACACUGGUGAUCAAAAGAUGUUAUGUUUUUAUAUCAAGCUUCUUCUGUUCACUAAGGGUGAAUUUAUUGAUCUAACUAUGUAGUAAAACUAGUAAUAUUAUUGCAAUUUUAAAAAUCAGUUUGUAUGUAAAUAUAUUUUAAAAUGCAAUUUAUUCCUGUUAUGACCAAACUAAAUAUUCAGCAUCAUUAGUCCUGACUUAAUUGUCACAUGAUCCUCCACAAAUCAUUUCAAUAUGCUGAUUUAAUGUUUAGUUAUUAUAGCUGCUUAGUAAUUAUUGAUAGCUUUAUUGUUACAAAGGUCGAAAAGAGUUUUUGAUUCAUUCUGUCAUUUUCCUUCGGCUUAGUUCCUAAUUUGUCAGGGGUCGUCACAGCGAAAUUAACUUCUAAAUAUUCCAGCAUAUGUUUUACACAGUGGAUGCCCAUCCAGCCGCAACUCAGUACUGGGAAACAAGAGUUUUUGAUAAUUCAUUUAACUUCUUGAAUAGUUUAAAAGUUUAAAUUGAAAAUAUAGUUAUGAAAAUUGAAAUAUAGUUAAUUAUACUUAAAUAAAUGUAAUAUCUGUGACCUGAAUAGGUUAAAAAAAAUGUAUUAAAAAAAUUAUAUAUAUUCUGGUUACUAACAGAUUAGCAUAUUAGAAUGAUUUCUGAAGGAUCAUGUGAAGGAAAAUUCAGCUUUUAUCCGCUUGUUAAGUCGUGAUGUAAUGGUGACGUAUGAAAUACUGUGUUCAGGUCCAAGCUGCUACUCAUUUGAAUUGAGAAAAUAUUUGUUUGUGACCACUUUUUAGUCAUAUCACACAUUAAAGUGAAUUUAAUAAUCAAUAAUAGUGAAUAAAAUCAUGGUGUACACAAGGGGUUCUCAACCUCUUUCACUUCGGGGGCCACUUCUUUCUCCAAUCAAUUUUUGAAGGCCCACCUGUCUGACAUUUUCUUUAAAAUGUUAGUAUGAAAUGCUCAUUUAAACCUUUAAAAAUAUUUAAAAUACAUUUGU